GUUACUCUUUCUGCAGUCAGAGAGCAACAACAAACCCAUCCACAUGUACAUCAACAGUCCUGGCGGUGUUGUGACAGCAGGCCUAGCCAUCUAUGACACCAUGCAGUAUAUCCUCAACCCAAUCUCCACGUGGUGUGUGGGCCAGGCGGCCAGCAUGGGCAGUCUUCUCCUGGCUUCGGGCACGGCCGGCAUGAGGCACUCCCUGCCCAACGCUCGCAUCAUGGUGCACCAGCCCUCCGGAGGAGCCAGGGGUCAGGCUACAGACAUCGCCAUUCAGGCUGAGGAGAUCAUGAAACUAAAGAAACAGAUCAAUCAACUCUACGCUAAACACACUGGCCAGCUGUUGACACACAUAGGUAAGUAGCUAAGGCAUCCAGUUCAGUA